UAUUGCCACUAUCGUUAUUCGCGGGCUAUAUUAUAAAAAUAAUAGUAAACUAACUGAUUUUUACAUUUUUCUUAUUUGUUAGUUGUUACUCCGUAUUUGUCUGUGUUUGCGAUUACUGUUGAUUGUUGGGAGGACAAAAAAAAAACAAAAUACCAAAAAGUAUAAUAUAUUUCCAAUAAUAUGAGUUUCAAUUUCGGGACACCCAAAACCACAACUCCUUCAAUGUUUUCAAUGACUUCUCCUGCCAAUACAUCGUGGGGUUCAACUCAACCUUCAGCUGGUUUUUCUUUAGGAACCAACACCCAACCAGCCUCUACUGGUUUUUCAUUGGGUGGUACCACACAAGCAUCAACUGGUUUUUCAUUAGGUAGUACUACACAAGCAUCAACUGGUUUUUCAUUAGGUAGUACCACACAAGCAUCAACUGGUUUCUCGUUGGGUGUUACAAAUCAACCAUCUACUAGUUUCUCAUUAGGCACAACUCCAGCAUCCACUGGAUUCUCUUUAGGUACAACUCAACCAUCUACUGGAUUUUCAUUGGGCACAACUCCAGCAUCCACUGCUUUUUCUUUGGGUGCAACUCCAGCAGCUUCUACCGGUUUCUCGUUAGCUGGUACCACUCAAGCAUCUACCGGUUUCUCAUUAGCCUCAACUCAAGCUGCUCCUUUACCAUUGACCACAACUCAAGCAUCUACUGGUUUCUCAUUGGGCACAACUCCAGCAUCUACUGCUUUUUCUUUGGGUUCAACUCCAGCGGCUUCUACCGGUUUCUCGUUAGCUGGUACCACUCAAGCAUCUACCGGUUUCUCAUUGGCCUCAACUCAAGCAUCAAGUGGUUUCUCAUUGGGUGGUACCACACAAGCGUCAACUGGUUUCUCUCUGGCAACAACUAAACCAUCAACAGGUUUCUCUUUAGGUACAACUCCAGCAGUUUCUACUAGUUUCUCAUUAAGCACAACAAGUACUACUGGAUUUUCGUUGAGCUCUUCUGCAGCAACCACAGCCCCAGCUACUACGGUACAAACGACUGCUGCAAUUACUACACUUGCUCCACCUGCUACAUCUCAAUCAGAUAGUCAAUCCAGUGCAGUUCAACCAACAAAUUUCCAACAACUUAUUGAUUUAAUUAAUAACUGGACUGUCAGCUUAGAAAAUCAAGAAAAGCAAUUUCUUAAUCAAGCAAAUGAAAUAACUGUUUGGGAUAAUAUGUUAACAAAUCAAUCUACUAAAUUGGUAAAAUUGUAUGAUAUUCUGGAGCAAAAAGAAAAAGAACAAGUAGAUAUUGAAAAUGAACUUGACUUCUUGUUAUCCCAACAAAAAGAACUUGAAGAUUGUUUAGUUCCACUAGAACAAGAAUUACAAUCUGCUGAAGUACUGAGUAGCUUGAACAAUGAAAGAGAACCAAUAUAUAAAGCUGCUCAAGAAAUCGAUAACCAAGUCAAACAAAUGUCUGGAGAUAUUAAAGAAAUAGUAAAUAAUUUAAACAAAGCCAACUCAAAAAAAGAUUCUGAUGAUGAUCUGGAUACUAUUUGUCGAAUAUUGAACUGCCAUAUGACAGCAUUACAGUACAUAGAGCAUAAUGCAGAAAAUUUAAGUUCCAUGGUUUCCGAAGUAAAUGAAGAACAUUCCCGUUUCCUAACAGCUGCUAAUGAUAACUCUUUUAUGUCCUCAUUUAGAAAAUAAAUAAUAAUACAAAAUUAAUAUUUACACAUUAUAAUAAAAUAUUGAAAUUGGUACUUUUUAUUAUUUAAAAUGGAUACUUACUACUGGCAAUUAAUGUUUACGAAUUAUCUUUAUCUUUUAUUAUGUGUAAUUGUUAAUUAUUAUAAUAUGUAAAAUAUGGAAACAUGAAUUAAAUAAUUAUAAAAAUUAUGCUUGUAAUAGUUAAUAAAAAUAUAAUUAUUUAUAAAUGGUUCA